AUGGGAAAGAAAAAGAAGUCAUCAUCAUCAUCGACAACACCAACUACUACUACAACUGAAACAAAAACAGAUGUAAAUAAUAAUAAUAGUGAUAGUAUUACAAAUGGAGCUGUAUUUGAUCCAUUUGCAGGGUUAGAGGAAUCACAAAUCGAUGCACAUAAAGAGUUUAAAGAAAAGUUGUCUACUUUGGAAUUAGAUGAUAAAGAAAAAUUAUGGAUAGAUGAUAUGUUAAUAUUUAGAUAUUUAAGAGCACGUGAUUAUAAUGUAAAAGCUGCAUUUGAAUUAUUUCAAGGUACUUUGAAAUGGAGAAAAGAAUUUAAACCAGAUGAAAUCAAUCCAGAUAAACUUUCAUACGAGGCUAGUAGUGGGAAACAAUAUUGUGGCCCAUUUACUACCAAAUCUAGACCACUCAUUACAAUGGCUCCACGCAAGGAGAAUACAAAGAAUUAUGAACGUCAAAUACAACUAUUGGUAUAUACUAUUGAACGUGCCAUUACAAAAAUGGAUGCAUCACAGGGAUGUGAACAAUUGGCCAUUCUAAUCGAUUUCAAUGGCUAUUCGAUUAUGAAUGCUCCUCCACUAUCGGUUAGCAAACAAACACUAGAUAUCCUCUCAUCACACUAUCCAGAGCGACUAGGUGUGGCAUUUAUAGUAGACCCACCACUAGUUUUUAGUGUCUUUUGGAAUAUUAUAUCACCACUGAUCAACAAAAAUACAGUCAAAAAGAUUGUAUUUGUCAAAGGUGAAAAAGAGAAAAAGAAAGUACUCUCUCAAUACUUUGAAUCGGAACAAUUAGAAACUGCAUUUGGUGGUACUAGCGACUACCAAUAUGACCACGCUGUACAUUGGAAACAAGAAAUUGAAUUCUAUCGCAACAAAAAUAACCUCCCACCUCUUUCUGAUGAAGAAAUCACUAAAAUAUUGGAAUUAAAGGAUUAA